AUGGCAACAGAGAGUCCAAUUAGAAUAUCAGAAGCCGGGGGGAAAUGGCCUUCUCAUAUUGAUGCGUCAGCUUUUGGCACACCACCUCAUAACAUGGGGACAGAAGAUUUGGGUAUUCUGUUGAAGGGCCAUAGGUUCCGUGGUAGUGCAAAGGACGUCGCACCCAAUCGUAGUGGCAGUGCACCUCCCAGCAUGGAAGGCUCAUUUCUGGCCAUAGAAAACCUACUACCACUUCAGAACACCCAGGAUGCAAGCUUGACAACUCUGAGCAGGGCUGUGAAAAAUUGUGAAUCUGAAGAACAGUUACGGGCUGAUCCAGCUUAUUUGGCAUAUUACAGUUCAAAUGUCAACCUAAACCCUAGACUUCCUCCUCCGCUAACUUCCUGGGAAAACCGCCAUAUAGGGCACCAUAUUGGUAGCUCUAGAAAUAAUUGGGGAUUGCCUUCUGCAGAUCAUAGAAGUAAAAAUUCUUUACAUUUACCGCAAGCAACUCUUUCAACACACAAGGAGGAGUCUGAGGAUGAUUCCACCCAACAACAGACACAUGAAAACAAAUCAGUUAACAUACGUGGAGUAUGGCGUAGACAAGAUGCAGCUUCAUCGGCAUCACAGCAAAAAAACGUGGUUGAUUUAAUUCAGGAGGACUUUCCUCGCACCAUGUCACCUGUAUAUAAUAUGUCUCUUUCUGUAAGUCAUGGACUGGUGGAUAAACCAAUUGAAUUAGAAGCUGCUUCCAGUUCUUCUCAUGACCCUCAUGUUACUGCAGUAGAGUCUGCUAAACCUACUGCAGGUGCGGAUGAUAUUAGGGUGUCAUCAAGUGUCGAUGUCCACUCCCCUGUUGCAAGCUCUUCAACUCUUGGAUCCGCAGCUAGCAUGGGUUUUAGUAACAUAGAUGUUGCAACUGUUGCAUAUCAAUUAAAGACUCUUAAUGUAUCCAAUCUUGCAAAUUCAGAAAGCCUGAGUUAUGAAGAAAAAUUGAAGACAAGCUACCAGAAUAAUAUGAUGCAACGGCAGGUAUUCCCGCAACAAAGCAAUCCGAGUGAAGUUCCUAGUACUAAUCCUCAAAGUGUAGACAAUGCUUACUUUGGAAGGGAACAGUUUGCUCUUAAUUCAAGCAAGUUGUCUGAUGUUCAGCCACUACUUCAGUCAUCUGGGUUUACACCUCCUCUAUAUGCCACAGCAGCAGCUUAUAUGACCUCUGUAAAUCCGUUUUACACUAAUAUGCAAGCCUCAGGCACAUAUGCUCCUCAAUAUAUUGGUGGAUACACUUUAAAUCCCACAGCUAUUCAUCCAUAUAUUUCUUCCUACCCUCAUGGUGCUGUGCCAUUUGUUGUUGAUGGGGCUACUAGUUCUAGUUAUGCCCCGCUAACACCAGGGGUUUCGACCGGGGGUAGUAUUUCACAUGGAGCAGAAAUGGUACAAGCAAACAAGUACCUCGGGCAAUUUGGAUAUCCUGUACAGCCUACUUAUGGUGAUCCUAUUUACAUGCAAUACAAUCAACAAGCUUUUGUAGAGGGAUUUGGUAUUUCUGGUCAUUUUGACCCACAUGCACCUAGAGCAAGUGGUGUUAACCAAAUGAAUCCUUAUGAUUCACAAAAAAGGCCUGGUACCGGUGCUUAUUUGGAUGAUAAAAAAUUACACGAACAGAGAACUGGUGCUAAUAUGAACUCGAGAAGAGGUGGAUUAUCAGUUCCUAGUUAUUUUGGACAUAUGCCAAACACUGGCUUUGUAAUGCAGUAUCCAAGUUCACCACUUUCUAGUCCAGUUUUGUCUGGAUAUCCAGAAGGAAGUCCUGGCCUUUCAGGAGGUAGAAAUGAAAUGAAACCUUUCCCAGCUUCUGGUAGAAAUGGAGGCAUGUUAUCUGGAUGGCAUGGUCCAAGGUCUUUUGACAGUGCUCAAGACCCCAAGAUUGUUAACUUCCUCGAGGAGUUGAAAUCUGGCAAAGGUCGCAGAUUUGAGCUAUCUGAUAUUAUUGGACAUAUCGUUGAAUUUAGCGCUGAUCAGCAUGGAAGUCGAUUUAUACAACAGAAGUUGGAAAGUUGUGGUGUUGAAGAGAAGGCAUUGGUGUUCAAAGAGGUUCUUCCACAUGCUUCUAAAUUAAUGACUGAUGUAUUCGGUAACUAUGUAAUACAGAAGUUUUUUGAGUAUGGAAAUCCUGAACAGAGGAAGGAACUUGCAGAUAAACUUGCUGGUCAGAUACUGCCUUUGAGUUUGCAAAUGUAUGGCUGUCGAGUAAUCCAAAAGGCACUCGAGGUUAUUGAGCAUGAACAGAAAGCUCAGCUUGUUCGUGAGCUAGAUGGGAAUAUCAUGAGAUGUGUUCGGGAUCAAAAUGGGAAUCAUGUAAUACAGAAAUGCAUUGAAUCUAUACCCACCCAAAAAAUUGGCUUUAUACUAUCAGCAUUUCGUGGUCAAGUUGCUAAUUUAUCAAUGCAUCCCUAUGGUUGUCGAGUCAUUCAGAGAAUUCUAGAGCAUUGUACAGAUGAGGUUCAGUGUCAGUUUAUCGUAGAUGAAAUAUUGGAGUCAGUUUGUUCUCUUGCUCAGGACCAGUAUGGUAAUUAUGUUACCCAGCAUGUGUUGGAGAGAGGAAAAUCUCAAGAAAGGAGCCAAAUAAUCAGCAAGCUGUCAGGACAUGUUGUUCAAUUGAGUCAGCAUAAGUUUGCUUCAAAUGUUGUGGAGAAAUGUCUGGAGUAUGGUGAUCCCUCUGAACGGGAGUUGUUUAUUGUAGAGAUUAUUGGGCCUGAUGGGCAAAAUGAUAAUUUAUUGACGAUGAUGAAAGACCAAUUUGCUAACUACGUGAUCCAGAAGGUUAUUGACAUAUGUUCUGAUAAUCAGCGUGCAAUGUUACUCUCUCACAUAAGAGUCCAUGCUAAUGCUUUGAAGAAAUAUACUUACGGAAAACACAUUGUGGCUCGCUUGGAACAUCAAUUUGGAGAGAAUCAAACACCCAGUUCAUGA